UAUGGCGGAGAGGGUUGUAAACGUUGACGUUUACGAUAAAGAGUGCAAAGUUUUGUUGAAAGAUAAACGGAAUUCCAGUGGAAAGUUUUGGACAAGAAGUGAGAAAAAACAAUGGGUUGUUGGUCUUAUGCUUGGGACAUCAAUGCUCUAUGCUGCCAGGACCAUCAUGCCUCUGUGCAUUGUUUCCACCUCCCAAGAACUGGGCUGGGAUAAAACAGAAUCGGGGACAGUGCUGUCUUCCUUUUUCUGGGGCUACACGAUGACUCAGUUCCUUGGUGGCUACCUGAGUGACCGUAUUGGCGGGGACAUUGUGCUGCCCAUCGCGGCCUGCAUGUGGUCUCUCAUCACGUUCUGGACGCCGCAGCUGGCCUAUUUGUCGACCGACAAACACAUUUCUCUUUACAUAGUGGUGCUUUCACGAGUUUCUCUGGGAAUCUGUCAAGGAUUUCACUACCCAGGGAUGACGAGUAUUAUAUCCCGUAAAGUCAACGAGCAGGAGCGCUCUCUCACCUACAGUAUGGUGGCAUCAGGCUCUCACAUUGGAACACUUCUUACUGGCAGUGUAGGUUCUAUACUCAUGGAUAGAUACGGUUGGCAGUUUCCAUUUUACUUCAUAGGUUUGUGUGGGCUGACCUGGAUGCUGUUGAUGCGCUACAUGCUCAUAGCCAGGCAGAGGAACAAGAGUGUUGUGGUGUCUUUAGCCGAUGCUCCCUUACCGGAUCUUGCCACGUCCAAAGACAAACCAGAGACCAGAUCUUCAGUGCCGUGGAUUCUUCUGUUCACAAAGCCAGCGUUUUGGUCUCUGUUAGUGGGCCAUUUCUGUGAGAACAAUGCCUUUUACAUCUUACUCUCCUGGAUGCCUACUUACUUUCAUGAAAAUUUCCCCACAGCUAAGGGCUGGGUGUUCAAUGUGGUGCCAUGGGUUGUGACAAUACCCAGCUCUAUAGGCAGCGGGUGGCUGGCGGACAAAAUGAUCAGCAGUGGUUAUUCUGUGACCUUUGUGCGGAAGUUCAUGGAAUCGGUGGCUCUGCUGGGGACAGCGUUCUUCCUGUUCAUCAUCUCGUACACCAGCAGCUACACCAGCUGCCUCAUCUGCCUGGCCCUGGCCGUGGCCUGCUGCGGCUUCCACAACAGCGGCAUCCUGGUCAACCCGCAGGACAUCGCUCCCAAGCACGCCGGCUCCGUCUUUGGUAUCAUGAACAUGGCUGGUGCAAUUCCAGGUUUCGUCGGGGUGUACAUCGCCGGCCACAUACUAGAGACGACCAAGAGCUGGAACGCUGUGUUUGGCCAGACCUCCGUGGUGUGCGUGUUUGGCUGGAUAGUCUACGUGAUAUUCGGCACAGGCAGGAGAGUGGUUUCUUGAUAAAGCCAGCGGGGGGAGAGAUUGUUCUAUUUAUUUGCAGCUACAUGUAUUGUUUUGUACAAAUCUCAAAGUUUACAUAUAGAUGUUUUGAGCACGAUACGUGUAAAUGACUCAUGAAUUGUUCUUUGUGUUUCGCCAUAUUUGAAAGCUUUUUGUUCACUUUUUUGGAAAUGUUAGGGGGGUAAUAUUGAGGAGUCAUUCUUUUUGUCGUGCGUGAAGUUGUCAAAACCCCUUUAUUUUUGUGAGUUGACAAACUUUUGUCAAUUCUGAUAAAACUGCCAACCAAAGAUGUUUUUAUAUCAUCUCUCAUUUAAAAAAUUUUAUAAUCGUCCACUUGACAGAUCAUAAACUUUUUUUUAGCAAGGUUAGAAUUCACUUUUUUCACACUUGAUAUUGGCAAUUUUUGUAAUUGUUUUGAAAUGGUGAAUUGUGAAGAAUUUUUUUUACAUGAUAAACAGAAAAAUUCUGUUGACGAGGGAUAUUGUGCCGCUCUGCCUCAGGCUUCUUGUCCUGUGUCGUCCUUAACUGUCUUGUUUCUUGCAUAGCUGCCAACCAGUGUGGAAAAAAAAAAAAAUUCACUUAAUAAUUUUGGGGGAGUUUGAGUAAGGAAGUCCUUUUUUGUAUUGGAAAAUAUGUUUUCCCUGUUUGCUAGUAUUGUUUCUGGUGGACUCGCCGGUGCUGAAGAAAAACUGCAAACUUUCAAGACUGGAUGUGGGAAGAAUAAUGAGAACGAAACCCAUGUAAGUCGGUUGGAGGGAUCUUUUGCUGCAGGCCUUCUUUGAAUAGUUUGAGUUUAUUGAACGCAGAAAAGUGUGUGUGAAGGG